CUGCAAAACUCUUCCUGCCUCCAACCAAAAAUGCCUCCAUGUGACUUUGUACCUGAGAAGUAUGAUUCCCACACUUAUGAACAAAUGCUGAAGAUCCGCCAAGACAACGUGUUCCCGUCCCUGUUAACUUGGUAUAAGAAGCCACUCCUGAUCCAUCAAGGACACAUGCAGUGGCUGUUUGACUUUGAAGGACGAAGAUACCUUGAUCUCUUUGCUGGAAUCGCUACUGUCAGUGUUGGUCACUGCCAUCCGAAGGUAACUGCAGCAGCUCAGAAACAGCUUGGCCGCCUGGGACACACGAGCAACAUCUACUUGCAUCCAGGAAUCCAAGAAUAUUCCAAGAAGCUGACUGCGCUGCUUCCCGGCUCCUUAAAGGUAGCUUAUCUGACUAAUAGUGGUUCUGAAGCCAACGACCUGGCAUUGUUAAUAGCAAGAGUUUUCACCCACAACAAUGAUGUCAUUUGUUUGAGGGGCAGCUACCAUGGAGGUAGCCCAUAUAUUAUGGGCAUCACAGCCAUUGGAAAGUACAAGCAUGUUGUUGCCAAUGGAGCCAACUGCCACUCGACAAUGUUACCUGAUGUUUUCCGUGGUCCUUGGGGAGGAAGCCACUGCCGUGAUUCUCCGGUGCAAACAAUUCGAAAGUGCUCCUGUUCCUCAGGAACCUGCCACGCAAACGACCAGUACAUUGAGCAAUUCAAGGACACACUCCAGACUUGUGUUCCAAACAAAGUUGCUGCAUUUAUUGCUGAACCAAUUCAAGGCGUAAAUGGAGCUGUUCAGUUUCCCAAAGGAUUCCUAAAGGAAGCUUAUCAGUUGGUGCGUGAAAGGGGAGGUCUCUGCAUAGCAGAUGAGGUUCAGACUGGAUUUGGUCGAACGGGCAGUCAUUUCUGGGGAUUUCAAGGUCACGAUGUCAUUCCAGACAUAGUUACCAUGGCCAAAGGAAUUGGUAACGGCUUUCCCAUGGCGGCAGUUGUGACCACAGCAGAAAUUGCACAUAGUUUGACAGAGAACCUCCAU